AUGAGCACUAUUACCAUUACACCAAUUGGGCUUCAGACCCACCGAGACUACGGUGUUGGUCUGGUGCUUCAGCAUUCCAGCUACUACUCAAUUGCGCCGAAACAGAGAAAGCUACGAAUAAAGCUGCAGCUUUUGAUAGAGCAUCUCUGCGUUCUGAGCCUCGUUGCGGAUUUUUAUGAGUCAGAGGGACUAAGCAAGGGAAAAAGCCAACAGAUAGCCACCAAGGUCUCAGACAAAGAUUCACCCUUGCCCUCUGCAGGCGAAAUUAGUGCGGCUACCCGACACUGUAACAAUGGAGCCAAUGGCGCCCCCAGUGUCGUCGUAUUAUUCUCGGAUAACCGCAGGCACAGCCACUGGUGGAUUCUUUACUGCCCAACUUUGGAAUCGUAUGGAUCUGAAGCGCCGAACAUCGGCGAUAAGCGAGCUGGCUCUCCAGGCUCUAGCAAUCAAUUUGGUGAAAAGAAACAGCGAUCUGGCCAGCAAAACAAUGGCCGGAACGAUAGCAAAGGCAACAAGGGAGACGGACAAGGCCCAGGCAAGAAAAAAAGAGGUUUUGGUCCCCAUCAGCCUUUUAUCAAGAAGCUUGCUUGUCUAUUCUUCAAGCUCGAUCCUCGAAAAUACCAGUGUUGCGCUGGUUACGACCUAACGAAAUGGGAUCAUGUUUUGCAACACCUCAAACGAAUGCACAUCAUCAGAAGAGAUCAUUGCCCCAAGUGCCGGAAAGAAUUUGGAGGCGAGUUUGCCGAGGCCGAAAAGAACGAGCAUAUCCGCCAAGAUAGCUGUGCCGAAAAAGCUGCUCUGGGCACUGGACUCCUUCUUCAAUGUGAGUAUAAUGACCUUGCUGGUCUACAUGGCACUCAUGAAGAAAAAUGGUUCAAAGCAUGGGAAAAGCUAUUUGGAGAGCACCCAGUUCCACAUUCGCCAUUUUUUGAAACAGUAGACUGUAUACUGGAAGUGCAGCACAGCACUCUGGAGAGAGAACUGCCGACCAUUUUACAGUCGUUCCGACGCGAUACAUUGGCCAGGCCGGAAGUUGAUACUACCUCCGCUACCACGGACGAUAUACUACGGCUGUUGCGGAAUCCCAUUCCUACUUCCAAUUCUCUUAUACACGAAGAAGCCCAGGCUGUGUCGGUACCUUCAGCACCGACACAAAUACCCUGGUUCCCAGAUAUACCACCCAGCUAUGAUCUAGAGCCUUGGCCCGACACCAUGGAGCCCUUUAGGCCUAGUACUGGUGAUUUAUAUGAUCAACCAACCAUUACAACAAUGGAAGCGACGCCCUUCGGAUCACGGGACAUGUCGAAUGAAGUUCUUUCGUCCCAGCCCUUGGAAGAACCUGCUGUUUUCGUUGAUGUGGAUGAAAUCUUUCGUCGGUGGAUGAAUCACCCAGAUGACGGUCAUUUUUUUGAAGAACUUGAAGACAAUGGGCAUGCUAUUGGAUGA